UGUAGAUCUCCGAAUCCAUCAAUACAUCCAUACAUGAAGUAAUUUCGUUUCUAGUACAUGUACAUACAAUCAUAAUUUUUUUUCCUCCUUUUUUUUCAAUUUCUUUUUUUUCCCUUUUUCUCACUUUGCCAUGACUAUUCACCCACCCUGAAAAGCAAUAUCCGCCCCGGGGAUACUUAUAACUGGUCCUUCUCCUUUCCGGUUCCCAUUCUUUCUCGUCCCUUUCCUUCUUCAUCCUUCCCACUUCUUUUCUUCUGCCGACCACCACUUCUUCCAAAGCCGGCCCUGACGCCAUAUAUUCUUUAGAUUAGAGUGUGAAAGAGAUCAAGCAACCUUCGCAAUGGCUACGAAGAAGCCCAACAUCCUUUACAUCAUGGCUGAUCAGAUGGCUGCCCCCCUUCUGGCCUUUCAUGACAAGGACUCCCCCAUCAAGACCCCUAAUCUGAACCGUUUGGCGGAGGAAGGCGUUGUCUUCGAUUCAGCCUACUGUAACUCGCCGCUAUGUGCGCCGUCCCGCUUCGUCAUGGUGACUGGCCAAUUGCCCUCCAAGAUCGGAGCCUACGAUAACGCCGCCGACUUACCCGCUGACAUCCCCACUUACGCCCAUUAUCUACGUCGUGAGGGUUAUCACACCGCUCUGGCGGGCAAGAUGCACUUCUGCGGACCGGACCAGCUGCAUGGCUACGAACAGCGUUUAACCAGCGACAUAUACCCCGGCGACUACGGUUGGUCUGUCAAUUGGGAUGAGCCGGAUAUUCGCCCUGAUUGGUAUCACAACAUGUCCUCCGUUAUGGAGGCUGGCCCUGUUGUGCGGACCAAUCAACUUGAUUUUGACGAGGAAGUCAUGUACAAAUCCACUCAGUACCUUUACAAUCAUGUCCGCCAGCGCACCGAUCAGCCAUUUUGUUUGACGGUUUCCUUGACUCACCCCCAUGAUCCUUACGCCAUGACCAAGGAGUUCUGGGAUUUGUAUGAGGGCGUCGAUAUCCCUUUGCCAAAGAAUGGCGCCAUCCCACAAGACCAGCAGGAUCCUCAUUCUCAGCGUGUUAUGAAGUGCAUUGAUUUGUGGGGCAAAGAAAUGCCUGAGGAACGGAUCAAGGCUGCUCGCCGCGCCUACUACGCUGCUUGUACUUACGUCGAUACCAAUGUCGGCAAGCUGUUGAAGGUUCUAGAUGAUUGCGGUUUGACCGAAGACACGAUUGUUGUGUUCACUGGUGACCACGGAGAUAUGCUAGGCGAGCGCGGACUGUGGUAUAAGAUGGUCUGGUACGAGAACUCAGCACGUGUCCCCAUGAUCAUGCAUGCGCCCAAGCGCUUUGCCCCUAAGCGUAUCUCCCAGAACGUGUCAACGAUGGACUUGUUGCCUACUUUCGUCGAUCUGGUAGGCGCGCAGUUGAUUCAGGAAUUGCCCAUGGACGGCGUGUCCUUGCUUCCAUAUCUGACAGGCGAGGAUGGUCUCAAGACCGAUACAGUGCUGGGCGAGUACAUGGCUGAGGGAACGCAGUCUCCAGUGGUUAUGAUCCGUCGCGGCCGUUGGAAGUUUGUGUACUCGCUGAUCGACCCGCCAAUGCUUUUCGAUGUGGAAGCAGACCCUGAAGAAAAGGUAAACCUUGCAGCUGGUUUAGUUGUUCCGGCACAAGUGGUUGCGACAAAACCUACUGCCGGAUCACAGUUGCAACCGGCAUCGUUGCCCACUCCGGCUGAUUCUCCGCGUGUGUCGCCUCGGCCCCAACGUGGAGCUUCGUCUGCCUAUCCAUUCCCUAGCCCUCCACGAACCCCUAGUCCAGGCAAGGGAUUGCCUUCGAUGCCCACGACUACCGAACCAGCCAAGAUUUUGGCAUACUUCAUGGAAGAGGCGCAAGCUCGCUGGGAUUUGGAAAGCAUCACGGAGGAUGUCCUGCGGUCGCAGCGUCGGCGGCGACUAGUUUACUCGGCUUUGAUCAAGGGCAACCCGGCUAUUUGGGACUACGAGCCGCGUAUUGAUCCAAGCACACAGUAUGUGCGCAACCAAGGCAAGGGUGCUUUGGACGAUGUAGAAUUGAUUUCUCGCUGGCCUCGUGUGCUGCAGCAAGCAGCCAACGUGAUGGGCACCAAGGUUUAGGUCAUUCUUCGAGAAAGAGAAGAGACUGGAAAAGGGUCAUUUAAAAUUUCGGCAUAGCUUUCGGUCUUUUUUUUUUUUGGUAUAUCCUCGGGUGUUUCUUUUAUCUUGCGAUGUUGAAUUUGCUCAGAUGAAUUCCGUUUUACGAUGAUUUAGCGAGGCGCGAUACCCGGCAUUGUUUGCAUUCACAGCGUUUGCUUGAGUCUACCUAGCGAUUGAUGAAUGCGUUUUUGUUCUCGGGAUCUCCAGCAGAUGGUACGGCAGUGCUGUACAUAAAAACAUAGGAGAGCUGCCUGCUUGUAUGUAUGUAUGAUAGAACAGACUGACAGACAAACAGAAUGACUGAAUAUAAAUAUUUCAAGAUACACGGAAAGAUAAGGCACGUGAGGAUCAU